AUGAAAUUACUCGCUAAGAAGUGUACUUCCAUACAUGGAGGUAUAUCGAGAAAAGCAUCAGUUACAGGCUAUAAAGAAGGAGAUACUGAUAAAUCAACACCCGAGAAUUCGCAACUUAUCCAACAUCAUGAGCAAUUUUCAUCUUCCCAUUCUGAUGCUAUACUUAAAACAGCAGUUGAAAGCGAUAGAAGUAAAAUUGAGGAGAAGUUGAUAACAGGAGGUGAUGCAAGUAAAUCAACACUUACUACAAAUUCUAUUAGUUCCUACAAGCGAUCAAUGUCACCGGAUACGAUGCUACAAGGUGCAACUCCAUCUAGUGCUUCCAUUAGUCCUGGAUUCAGCCAACGGACAGUUUCGGUAACUUCCGACUACAGUUCCGAUCUUUCAUUUUUUGGAAUGCAAAGUAUGAUGGCGAUACGUACAUCAAGUAAUAUUUUGAUAGAAUAUUGGUGGGAUUUGACACCUCACAACAUCCAUAUGAUCGUAAUCAAUUAUCUCUAUGAUAGCAACAAUAGAUGGUGCAAUCAGUGUUGGACAUUUUUUGAGAAAAAAUUAGGCAUUUCACGAGUGGUAGGAUUUUAUAUAUUAACUGGAAUUUGUUUUUUGUACAUUCUAAGUGGAGAUCUGGCAAAACUUCUAUAUUAUGUUAUGGGUAUUGGAUAUCCUAUGUAUAAAACAUAUAUUACAUAUGAAAAACGUGGAGUUAAUGUAUGUCGAAGUUGGCUUAGGUUAGAUGAAAUUGCUAGGGAUCAUGUUGGUUUAACGGAUCAGUGGCGAUGA